ACCAUGGCGACUCUUGCUCCCACCCUCCCCCAGGGCUGGUGACCGUCGCUAUGGUGACGUGGGACAAUGGCAGCACCGUGUCACCCCCGCCCCUGGCGCCGAACAUCACCGUGCCCCACCGCUGCCUGCUCUUGCUCUACGAGGACAUCGGGACGUCCAGGGUCCGCUACUGGGACCUCUUGCUGCUCGUCCCGAACGUGCUGUUCUUCGCCUUCCUGCUCUGGAAGCUUCCGACCGCCCGGGCCAAGAUCAGGGUCACCUCCAGCCCCAUCUUCAUCACCUUCUACCUCCUGGUGAGUCCCCGGGCGCCCCGGCGGCGGGAAAAAAAACCCGCGAGUCUACACCCGCGGUGAGCCGAGAGAGAGAGAAUUAAGUG